CUAGUCAUUGUUCUUAAGAACAGCUUAUCUAUGAAGAAGAACUAUCAUCAGUGAAUAAUGGAAUCAGGGGGAAUUUAUGAAAAUGUUAAACACAGAGAUGUUCAGAAAACAACUAAACCUCAGAGUCACAGCCAGGAUGAAGGAAAGGAUCUAAAACACAUAGGAAGUAGAUGUUUGGUGUUGAUCACAGUGAGUCUGGCGCUCAUUUGUGUUCUUCUGCUGGUCUUCAUCAUACUGCAGCAGACCACCAUCACAGCAGAGAGAGACCUGAUAAAGAGUUACAAGAGCACAGUUGAAGAGUUCAAUCAAACUAUCAACAGAUACAAAAAUCUGUGUGGUCCAGUUUGUUAUUUCAUAGCCAAUGAGUUGAAGAGCUGGUCUGACAGCAGGCAGUACUGCAGGGAUCAUGGUGCUGAUCUGGUCAUUAUCAACACUGAAGAGAAGCAGAGGUUCAUAUCUUCAUAUAUGAAAGAUGUUGACAGAGCGUGGAUUGGUUUAUCUGACAGAGAGCAGGAGGGCAACAUGACAUGGGUGAAUAAUUCAACACUGAAUCAAGGGUUUUGGAUGGAAGGUGAGCCGAAUAACCACGGUGGUGUAGAUGAGGACUGUAUAGAAAUGAGACUUUCGAAAGACAAACUGAAUAACUGGAACGAUCUGCCAUGCUCAAUUCAAAGAAAAGGGAUUUGUGAGAAAUAGGGUCUUAUGUUUUUACUUGUGUUAUUUUAUGGCAUCAACCUUAUUGUGAUUGUAUAAUUCAUUUUUAAGUUUCCUGUUUUUUAUAACAUGAUGUGUUGUGAAACGCAUCUGAUGUGUUCAUGUUAUGCUAAAUCACAAGCAGCUCUAUAUUAAUAUGAUCUUAUUCUAGUUGUUAUCAUGUCUCAUUUGUUGAUCUGAAGUGUUAAGGGGACAAUGAAAAUAAACUACAUUACAAACUACUAACUACAUAUUGAGUGUCUGUAAAACUGCUUUUGAAUUCAAUUGCUUUUCUGUUUGAAUACAAUUUUCAAUAACCAUCACUAGGAUAGUGAACUUGACAAUGUGGCUUUCUUUAUUUGGGUGCUUCUCAAUAGUCAGACUGAUGCUUCCUUGUUUCUUCGCUCCUCUGUCCUCGAGCUUGUGACCCAGAAACUGAUCAAAGUUAUCCAUCUUGAUGUACAUCUCAAUUCUCU